GCGGCUGCAGCGGCAGUCUCCCGGCCAGCACCAUGUCGCGCACACGUACCACUCCCGUCCACACGCGCUUCGUGGCGCUCACACUCGCGCUCUCUUUGGCGCUCGCCGCCGCUACUCCCUCGCACCCGCGGCCGCGCGCGCGCCGCCAGCUCGCAGAGGAUAACUCACUGCAGCCAGAACAAAGUGGCACUACGUCGAAGCGCCUGGUGAGGGCCACCCAGGGUCUACUGCUACCCCCUACAUCAGCGCGUCAACAGGCGGAGGCUUCUCCGGGACUACAGCAGGAUACGCCAUCUCAUCCACGCCCUUCGAGGGCUACUCAAGCGGAUCUCCUAGUGUACCCUUUGUCACCGCCUCAACCCCAAGUCGGGCCUACCUCCCGCCCCGCAGCGCUCGCGCGCCCUCAGCGACAGACGCCAGCGAGCUCGACGAAGACUUCGGCAGACGACAUCCCCGUUUUCGACCGGAACAAAGUGAGCCUGGACUUUCCCGGGAACCUGUUUGGACCAUCCGUGUCGCUCCUUAUCAAGACUACUAAAAUUGUUGGAGACGUCAUCCAGAACUCGGCGGUGCGAUACCAGACGUUCCUGCGGCUGUUCCGGCCGCUGUUCCGCGGACCCUUCGAGAUCAAGGGUCUUGACCCGCCCACGACCACCACCACCACCACCGCCGCCCCCGCGCCCGCCGACAACGAGGUGCGCCGACGCCGAAGUGCGUGACGCCGUUGAAAAAACAGCCAUUUUAAUUUUAGAGGCUUAUAAUUGAACACUAAUUGAAUUAGCAUAGAAUUGAUGAAAACGUGGCCACUUAGUUUUGGUGUAGCACUGACUGAUUUAUUAGCCUUUUCAUUUUCGUACUUAAUGAAAAUAAGCACCUAUAAACAAUGUCGUCAUAUUGAACUACAAAAAACACCAGCAAAGUUGUUAAAGAUAAUUUAGUAAGCAUUUUUUGUAGUAGGUAUAUACUACCUAUGCUUUAAUUAUUAUACUACAUACCUACAUAUAAUAAUUGAUUAUCUAAAAUACCCAACUAAACUAAGUUACCAAAAUUAAUAGGUACCUUGAUGCGUUUAACGUAAAAACGACCAUGUGCCGACGUGUCAUAGGUAAAUAUUAUUAAUAAGUUUAGUCUUAAUUUGAAUUAUUCAAAUAUUUAUUUGCUCAUUAGAAACUUAGUCUUGGAGUUUAUGGUCCUUCAUAUUAUAAAUAAAAAUACUUCUUUUGAAUGGUGUGACUACUUAGUUAAAUAAUUUUAUAAAUAAAUCAUAUUAAAACAUA